CCAGAAGGCUAUCCAAUGAACAUGGCAGCAUCACUCACAUCUUACCUUCCCCAAUCAACCCACCCAAAAGGAAAACCAGAAGCUCAUAAAACCACAUGACACGUGUGCAUUGUAAUCAGACUUGAGAGUGGGUUGAGAGGGAGAAGCGCCUAGCUUUGAUGGUGAUGAUGGUUCGUUCUCUAAUGGCGGCAGCAGCACCAAAUUCGUCGGCCACUGCCAGCAGCAUUAGCAACGGCGCUAAUCACAAUGCUGCUGCUGCGGCUACUCCACCGCUGCCCUCACAGGUGGUAGUACCUCAGUCGUCCCGCCACAGCUCGAUCACUCGUAGGUCUAUGGGCUUGAGUUUGAUGGGUGGGCUAGUGGGCCUGAAGUUUGUUUUGCCGGAGGGAGCCGAUGCUGCGGCGAGAAGGCCUCCGCCGUCGCCGCCGGCUGAGAAGAAGGACCCGAACAUCAGCGGCGUCCAAGCGAAAAUAUUGGCUAGCAAGAAGAGAAAGGAAGCCAUGAAGGAUUUGGUGUCAAAGUUGAGAGAGCAAGGAAAAGGCUUAGAAUAGAAGAGAGCCUAAUUAUAACUGGAUUUUGUACAACUUCCACAAUUUGUUAUCGGGUUGUUGAGUUGAUGAUUACCUAGCUACAUAUAUAUAAGAGACUAUUGAGUAUGCAUUUUACAAUCGAUUCUUUAUAGUGCUUGUUACUCUAUUACUUUCAAAAUAUGAAAAAACUUAUAACUAGCAAUCGGACUUCAAUUUGUAGGUUGUGGUCGCGAGACAGAUUAAUCUAAUUCAUUUCGAAACUGAACAACGUAGGUCAUAUCAGAUAUUUCGUUAAAACAAAAGUGUUCAACCAAAUUGAUGAUUAUAGUUGAGAACAACUACGAUUCUACGAGUCACGUUGUAAUCAUAAUUAGUCACAACAACAAGUGCCCUUAAUAGACAAAAAAAAAAACUAUAUCAUUGUCCGAUUGAAGCUAAACUCGUACUAGUGACCUAAUAAUUUAACUAUAAACCAUUAAUUAAACCAAUCUGGCCAAAUUUGAACAUCUCCCCUGGAAAAGUGAAAACAACCCCUAAAAUAUUCCAUAAUUUUGUAAGCUAAAUAGCAAGACAACAACUCUAUACAAAUACAAGCGAAGCGUAGAUUAAGACACAGCACAAAGUGAUCACAUCGAUCAUUGGACAAAGAUUAUGGGGAAAACAACAUGAAUUCUAUUUCUUAACAAAUUAAUUAGGUAAUUAAAUUGGGUCCAUAAUUUUGUUUGCAGUCGAUCAAGUUGCCAAGAAAAGGACACGUGACGCAUAUAUACGCAUGCAAUCGAGCCUCAGCAUUUUUCCAUUUUGAGUCUCAUAUAAUUACAAAGCCUAGAAUUUCCAGUUGUAUUGCCUCCUAAUAUAUGAUUAGUUAAUUAAUUACCAUAUUAUUAACUCACCACAUUCCCUAACUUAUUCUCAACUACCACAUUGCGGCAGCAAGCACCUGAUAUAGGCACAACAGGUUGUGGGUGUGGAUCAUAUCGAUGUCUAAACUGAAGCAUAUAACAAGACUAUUAAAAGAUUAAGUAACUAUCCAAGGUAUUCAGUUAGAUGAAUGGUAUGAUCCGUCUUUACAAAUUUCAUGAUUAAUGAGAUGGUGUUGUUGCUUGAUAUUUGAAUCGAAUAAUUCGACGAUUGUGUCGAUAAAAUUAUAUUGAAAAUGUAAUUGAGAUUACCGUAAAAAAAAUGUAAUUGAGAUUCGAAAUUCAUGAGAGGAAGAUAUUUGAUUCGUUAGUUAAUAAAUCUUAUAUGGCAAACCCUGUUAAUAAUCCAUUAUCUUGGUAUAACCACAUAAGUGAUAGACUUGUACCUAACAAAAUCUAUAUAUUUUUCUAGUUUCAAAUGAAUAUACGAGGAGAUAGAAAAUAUUUCUUGUUGAACUUGUCUCAAUAAAUCGAGUUAUUGAAU